AAUUAAUAUGAGAUUGUUGGUUCAUAAUUUACUGAUGUGUAAUAAGUGCGAUAAGAACAAUUAUCCACUUAAGAUAGAAGUCAAUAAGAGUGUUAUUAUGGAAUUAGAGUUCAAAAAAGAUGCAAUUUUAAAGUUAAUUCCAAAGCUUGAUUUUGAGGUAUUAUCCAAUACAGUCAGAGAAGUAAGACAGUGAAUUAUGAGAUAGCUUGGAUUCAAGCAAUUCCCCAAAUAGAUUCCUGCAAAUGUGGAAUAAGACUUAGGCUUCUUGAAAGACUUGCAUAGAGUUUUAUUUGAGGUAAUAAUUUAAAGAAAGAAUUUAAUGUAGACUCAUAUAAUGGAUGGCCAAUUGACUUGUCCCAAUCCAUCCUGCAAAAGAAAUUAUCCCAUCACAAAUGGAAUUCCUAAUAUGAUUCUUACAGAAGAUGAACAAUGAUAUAAAUUGGUAAUUUGUCAAUAUUAAUAAUUCUCACUUUAAG